CACUCGCACACUCGCACUCGCAUUAGUCGUGGCGCAGUCGCAGGCCAGGUCAGGUCGCAGUCAACCACCACAGCCAAUCCUUCUCAUCUCCGAGCAGCAGAGUGCAGUCAAGCCAGAGCAGUUCACGAGAUCAGAUCGGGUCUGUUCGUUGGCGUUGAAUUACUGUGACAGUCACCAUGGCCGAUCAUUGUGCGGUCUGCAACAAGACGUUUUCCAAGGAUCAUGAGAUGUUACACAUGAAGAAGAAUAGUGGUGAAAUGCCGUUCGAGUGUACUGUGUGCAGCAAGAAAUUCAAGUCCAAAACUAAUUGUAGUGUACACCUCCGUACCCACACCGGAGAGAAACCGUUCGCAUGUACUAUGUGCAACAAGACGUUUUCGCAAGUGGGCAAUCUGCAGACACAUUGCCAACUCCAUACAGGAGAGAAACCUUUUGAGUGUUCUGUCUGCAACAAGAAAUUUGCGGAGAGUGGAUAUUUGCGUACUCAUCUCCGAACCCACACAGGGGAGAAACCUUUCGAGUGUACUCUGUGCAACAAGAAGUUUUGGAAUAGUGGGAAUCUACAAAAACAUGCACUUAUCCACUCAGGCGAUAAACCUUUCACGUGUUCUUUUUGUGACCAGAAAUUUGCGAGUAAAGGGUGUCUCAGUGAACAUGUGCGAGCCUGCCACACUGGUGAAACAAAGUCCCAGUGUCCGUUUUGUGACAAGUGGGUCGUCAAGGGCUUCCUUGUUAAUCACCUGAGGUCACAUACCGGAGAAAUGCCUUAUGAGUGCAGUUUCUGCAGUAAAAGAUUUAUUCAAAAAAGUAACAUGCAAACACACCUACGAAUUCAUACCGGAGAAAAACCUUUCGAGUGCACUGUGUGCAAUCGGAAAUUUAGUGUUAAAUAUGCCUUGCAACAACACCUCCGCAAUAAUCACACAGGGGACAAGGCAAUGGACUCUGUUACCUGCGCCGUGUGCAACAAGAUAUAUUCUAACAGUGCUAGUCUACGUUCACAUGUCCGUGUGAAACAUACGGGAGAAAAGCCCUUUGAAUGUACUGUGUGCCAAAAACGUUUCGGGAGAUCUGACAAUCUGAAAUACCAUCUCCGCACUCACACAGGCGAGAAGCCCUUUGAGUGUACCGUAUGCAAGAAAUCGUUUGCUGGAAGUACAGCCUUGAGUUCACAUAUACUAACACAUACGGGGGAAAAACCUUAUGAGUGUCAUGUGUGCGGCAAGAAGGUGACCCAGUCCUCUCAUCUGCGAGCGCAUCUCCGCACGCACACAGGAGAGAGAGCUUUUGAGUGUACCUUGUGCAGCAAGAAGUUGAGUUCACCACGAUCUCUACGUCACCAUCUGCUUACUCAUACUGGAGAGAAAGCUUUUAAAUGUGAUGUGUGCAACCAAGUGUUCGCAUUGCGCAGUACUCUCCUUUCUCACCAGGGGACACACACCGGAAAGAGAGCAUUUAAGUGUGAACUGUGCAACAAGACGUUUACGUUCCGUCAGUCUCUUCGUACUCAUCUCCGUUUUCACUCUGGGGAGAAGCCUCACAAGUGCGCUGUCUGCAACGAAUCUUUUGUGCGAUCCGAUUAUCUUCGUAAACAUAUUCGAAUAGCCCAUACAGAAGAGAAGGAAGAGAAGUCUUUUGGCUGUUCUAUGUGCAAUAAGAGUUUUUGUAAACCUUGGUCUCUGCGUAAGCAUGCCCUAGUAGUGCACAUUGGAGAGAAAUCGUUUCGGUGCACUGUGUGCAACAAAAGGUUUUCGCAAAGUGUAAAUCUGUAUAACCAUUUAAGUAAUCACAUUGUCCAGUCUUCGUAGAACCCAAUUGAUUGAAAUGUUAGGUGAUUGAUAUCAAUAUGUCAUAAUAUGUUACCGCAAAACUUAAAAUUUAUUACUACAACACUGGAUUCCUGCACGUUUUACAUUGCUCUUUAUAAUUUUGCUGCUUUUAGUUAAGUUGCAUACUCCUUUAUUUCCUCAUUACAACUGGAAAACGUUUAGGUUAAGAUUGUUCGGAAGAAUAAUAAGAUGUUAAACUAACGCAGAAUGUCUAAUACUUUGGCAA